AUGGUAUUGUACGGUGAGGAGGGCGGAUGUCUGCAACUGAAAAUCCAGGCACCUAUCUUGCAUGUGGUGGGUGUACCCAACCACCCAAGCUCUUCCGAGAAUCUCGGCACUCUCCAGGGUUUGCUGAAGGCUCUGAGGAAUAUCUGGAAAAUGUCAGGCACAGCUGCCAGUGGCUCCAAUCAGCCUGGCCCGUCCACCGCAGCAGUAGCUCUGGACGGCCUUGGGGGCUCCCUCGAGGACAAGGAUUGCGACCUCCUCUGUCCCGUUUGCUUUGAGCUCAUUGAGGAAGCAUAUGUGACUCGCUGCGGCCACUCAUUCUGCUACUCAUGCAUUGCAAAGUCCGUUGAGUUGCAUAGAAGAUGUCCGAAAUGCGGGGCUGCACUGGCGUCCAGAGAUCAUAUAUUUCCCAAUUUCUUGCUUAAUGAACUGGUGGCCAAGCGACGCGCGCAGUGGGGCCGACUGGGCGCUGGCGUGACGGGGGCAGGAGGUGCGGCGAGGGCGGCGGGCGCCGCGACUGUUCCCGGAGAAGCGGAUAGGCUCAGAGCCCUUGUGGCCAACGAGUCGCGCCAUCUGUCUCUGCACGACGUACAGGCAAUGCUGGAAGCCCUCACCCGGCGCAAGCGCCUCCUGGAGGCCGAGUCCGCAGCGGCCCACCACAGGCUGCUGUACGAGUUCCUCGCGCAGCUGCACCGCCAGCGGCACGACCAGCUGGAGCAGCUGGCCCGGGAGGCCGCGUUGGUUAGGAAGGACAUGGACCACGUGGCGGGCGUGCUGAAGGAGCUGCGCGCGGGCGCCGCGGGGCUGGCGCGCCUGCCGUCGCUGGGGGGCGACGCGGCCGACGGCGGCGGGGGCCCCGCGGGGGACGCCGUCCGCGCGCUGCGCUCGGAGCUGGCCGAGAUCGCCGGCAGCGUCAGCGACACAGGCAUUUCGGUGGCGCUGGACGGCGCCGCCACGGAGGGGGGCGAGGAGAGCUUCGCGGGGGGAGGGAUGGGCGGAGGCACCGACGCCCUGGCCGCGCGCUGGAGGAGGCUCACGCAGCACUUCGACGACUUCGUGCAGGUAGGAUUUGCUCUCUUUACCAUUCCAACGGGCAAAGGACUUGCUCAUUAA